AGUAACUCCAACCGCAGCACGCCUGCCUGCUCCCCGAUCCUGCGCAAACGCUCCCGGUCCCCGACGCCGCAGGACUCCCAAGGAGACGCCAUGGUGGAGAAAGGCUCGGACCACUCCUCGGACAAAUCCCCUUCCACGCCGGAGCAGGGUGUACAGCGUAGCUGCUCCUCUCAGUCAGGCCGCAGCGGGGCCAAGAACUCCAAGUCACACAAGCGCCUCUCCAAAAAAAGCCAGAGUUGGUAUAAUGUAUUGAGUCCAACUUACAAACAGCGGAAUGAAGACUUCAGGAAACUCUUCAAGCAGCUUCCUGACACGGAGCGCCUCAUCGUAGAUUACUCAUGCGCGCUACAAAGAGACAUUCUCCUGCAGGGCCGCCUCUACCUCUCUGAAAACUGGAUCUGCUUUUACAGCAACAUCUUCCGCUGGGAGACACUGCUGACGGUUCGCUUGAAGGAUAUCUGCUCGAUGACCAAGGAAAAAACAGCACGGCUCAUUCCUAAUGCCAUCCAAGUUUGCACUGACACUGAAAAGCACUUUUUUACUUCCUUUGGGGCUCGAGACAGGACAUACAUGAUGAUGUUCAGACUGUGGCAGAAUGCUCUCCUUGACAAGCCUCUCUGUCCAAAGGAGCUCUGGCACUUUGUCCACCAGUGUUACGGGAACGAGCUGGGUCUGACCAGUGAUGAUGAAGACUAUGUGCCUCCUGAUGAUGACUUCAACACAAUGGGCUACUGUGAAGAAAUCCCUGUGGAAGAGAAUGAAGUCAACGACAGCUCCUCCAAAAGCAGCAUGGAGGCCAAGCCAGAAGCUAGCCCUCAGCUGCCAAAGAAAUCUGUCACUGCCAGCACACUGACAUCCACGGGAAGCAGUGAAGCACCAGCCUCAUUUGAUGGAGUGCUACCAGAGGAGGAGGAGGCAGUGGCGGAGAGUCCUGUGGAAAAAGACAUUGGCAUUGCAAAUAUCAUGGGAGAGAAGAUAGAGAUCAUCAGCCCCGUGAACUCCCCUUCCCUAGACUUCAAUGACAACGAAGACAUUCCCACUGAGCUCAGUGACUCCUCAGAGACCCAUGAUGAAGGGGAAGUCCAAGCCUUUUAUGAGGAUCUGAACGGGCGCCAGUACGUGAACGAGGUGUUCAACUUCAGCGUGGACAAGCUGUAUGACUUGCUCUUCACGGACUCCCAGUUCCAGAGGGACUUCAUGGAACAGCGCCGCUUCUCCGAUAUUAUCUUUCAUCCCUGGAAGAAGGAAGAAAAUGGCAAUCAGACCAGAGUGAUCUUGUAUACCAUCACCCUCACCAACCCUCUGGCCCCCAAAACUGCCACUGUCACUGAGACACAGACAAUGUACAAAGCCAGCCAAGAAAGCGAGUGCUAUGUCAUAGAUGCAGAGGUGCUAACUCACGACGUCCCCUACCAUGAUUAUUUCUACACCAUUAACCGCUACACGUUGACUCGUGUUGCCAGAAACAAAAGUCGACUCAGGGUUUCCACAGAGCUACGUUACAGGAAACAGCCUUGGGGGCUGGUGAAAUCCUUCAUUGAGAAGAACUUUUGGAGUGGCCUGGAAGAUUAUUUCCGUCAUUUGGAGAGUGAGCUGACCAAGACAGAGAGCACGUACCUGGCUGAGGUGCACAGACAAUCCCCCAAAGAGAAGGUGAGCAAGCAAUCGACCGUGCGCCGGAGGAAACGCGCCCAUGCCCACCUGCGGGUGCCGCACUUGGAGGAGGUGCUGAGCCCCGUCACCACCCCCACCGAUGAGGAGGUUGCUCAUCGCAUCAAGCAUGUGGCAGGUUCCACUCAGACACGGCACAUCCCUGAGGAGAGCCCCAGUGGCUUCCACCUGCAGAGUGUCUCCAAGCUGCUCCUUGUCAUCAGUUUUGUGAUCUGUUUCAGUCUGGUGCUGCUGGUCAUUCUCAACAUGAUGCUGUUCUACAAGCUCUGGAUGUUAGAAUAUACUACACAGACACUCACGGCGUGGCAGGGCUUGCGGCUACAGGAGAGGUUACCCCAGUCUCAAACAGAAUGGGCCCAGUUACUAGAAUCUCAGCAGAAAUAUCAUGACUCAGAGCUACAGAAAUGGCGUGAGAUCAUCAAAUCCUCGGUGAUGCUUCUAGAUCAGAUGAAGGAUUCACUAAUAAAUCUUCAGAAUGGCAUCGGGUCCCGGGACUUCGGGUCAGAUCCAGAGGAGAAACGGAAACGUUUCCACUAA